AUGGCGCCUCCGGCGCUGAACCCAGAGGUCGAGCGUGUCAGGGAGACGCUGUAUAAGCUUAUCAUCACCCAGUUGAAGGCGAUCCUCAAGAGCGAGGGCCUACCGGUCUCGGGGGUCAAGCUAACACUCCAGGCGAGGCUUAUAGGCCGCCUCAACUACUAUGCGUACGGCGAGUGGGCGAACCAGGACCGGCUGAAUAGUCUCAUUGCACGGAUCUACGCAGUCGCUCGGGGUCAGCCGUCACCUCCACCCUUGACUCCAUUAUCACCGCAUUACCCUCCGGCUCCCCAGCCGCAGUCUUCGCAUGCAUUACCACCAUACCGGACAACAGUCCCCCUUCCUCCUCCAAGUCCUAUGGGCCGCUUGACCUUCAAGAACAGCCCGUUUUAUACCAUUCUAGAACCUUUGACUUCGGUUAUGGAAUGUCAAGCUCGAGAUUCCUCUCGAGAUACAGUUUGCUUGAGAGUGAUUCUCACCUCUGAAACUGCCUCACGGCUUUUGUCGGAUCCAAACCUCCGGAUCAUGGUUUAUGGCGCUGCAGAUAAUGGCCUUACGCAUUAUUCUCCGAGUGAUAUUGCUUUUCCACAUCAAGUGGAACUCAAAGUCAAUCAUGACGAUGUCAAGGCAAACCUACGCGGUCUAAAAAACAAGCCAGGUACAACCAGACCCGCUGAUAUAACGAACUUCAUCCGGAAGAAAGUAGGCUAUGUGAACACUGUGACGAUGACAUACGCUCUGACCCAGAAGAAAUUCUUCAUUGUCGUUAACCUCGUGCAAAAGCAUCCUGUGGAAGAAUUGGUUACCCAGCUCCAGGUCAGAAAAACAAUCUCUGCUGAGCAAGUGGUCAGGGAGAUACAGACCAAUGCCCAGGAUGCGGAUAUUGUGACAACGUCAGCCGUAAUGUCACUAAAAUGUCCGCUCUCAACUCUCCGGAUUUCGGUUCCAUGUCGCACCUCACUUUGCACACAUAACCAGUGUUUCGAUGCAACAUCUUUCCUUCAACUGCAGGAACAGGCGCCAACGUGGAGUUGUCCUAUCUGCUAUAAAGCAACCAGCUUUGAAGCUUUACAGGUAGACCAGUAUGUUGACAACAUACUACGUGCAACGCCGCAGUCAGUUGAUCAAGUGACAAUUGAGCAGAACGGGGAGUGGUCAAACCCGAAUGAUGUCCCUGAAGCCGCACCGGAUGGUAAUGGUGUUGAAAAUGGGGACAAUGAUGACCUUGACCUAGUAGAGGUAGACAGCUGUGGCGUGCCAACUGUCAAGAGGGAAUUUGACUCCCAGUCCUAUAUAAAUCACACAACUCCCACUCCAUCCAGGGAAGCCUCCUCGGUUGCAUCAGCUCCUCGACCCUCAACCGGUAAAAGGGCCAUUAGUCAAGUCAUUGAUUUGACUGGCAGUGAUGACGAGGAGCCCCCUCGUCCCGCUAAACGGCUCGCAUUCCACUUACCAAAUGGAACUCAUCAGCAACCUUUCGACCCGCUUAGGCUCUCCGCUUCGAAUUCGCCUGUUCCAGGUUCAUAUCAUUACGACAGAUAG